GGCGGAGGCGGGCGCGCAGCGCAGACCGCAGCUCCAGCUGCAGAGGCGCCGUCGGAUCUGCGUCGUCCCGAGCGCAGACCGGAGCUCGCCCGCCGCCCCUGCAGCUGAGCGGGCCUCGGCAGCAGCCGACUGACGGCUCGGCCACCACAGACAGAUUGGCCGCCAGCCCCCAGCUCCCGGAGGAGCCCCUGCCGCGUCCACGCCGCCCGAGCCCAGCAGCAGGUGCUGGGAAACCGCAGGCGAGCGCGCCCCGUGCGGCCGACCCCGAGCCCCGCCCGCCGUUCGCCGUCCGCCGUCCGGGCGGCCGCGGCCCCGGUCCCCGCCCGGCCGCGGAGCGGAUGCGCGCCCGCUGAGCGCCCGCCCGGCCCGGCCAUGGCCGCGCGCCCCGGGCCGCUGUGGCUCGUGGGCCUGGCGCUGUGCGCGCUGAGCGGCGGCGGCCCCGGCCCGCGCGCCCCGGCCGGCUGUCCGGCCCGCCGCCUGGGCCCGCGCGAGCGCCGCGACAUGCAGCGCGAGAUCCUGGCGGUGCUCGGGCUGCCCGGGCGGCCGCGGCCCCGCGCGCCGUCCGCCGCCUCCCGGCUGCCCGCGUCGGCGCCGCUCUUCAUGCUGGACCUGUACCACGCCAUGGCCCGCGACGACGACGAGGACGGCGGCCCCCCCGAGCGGCGCCCGGGCCGCGCCGACCUGGUCAUGAGCUUCGUCAACAUGGUGGAGCGUGACCGUACCCUGGGCCACCAGGAGCCCCACUGGAAGGAGUUCCGCUUUGACCUGACCCAGGUCCCAGAGGGGGAGAUGGUCACAGCUGCUGAGUUCCGGAUUUACAAGAUGGCCAGCACCCACCUGCUCAACGGGACCCUGCACGUCAGCAUGUUCGAGGUGGUCAGAGAGCAGUCCAACAGGGAGUCUGACUUGUUCUUUUUGGAUCUUCAGACGCUCCGAGCUGGGGACAAGGGCUGGCUGGUGUUGGACGUGACAGCAGCCAGUGACCGCUGGUUGUUGAGCCGGAACAAGGACCUGGGGCUCCGCCUCUAUGUGGAAACGGACGAUGGGCACAGCGUGGAUCCUGGCCUGGCCGGCCUGCUGGGGCAACGGGCGCCGGGCUCCAAACAGCCUUUCCUGGUCACUUUUUUCAGGGCGAGCCCUGGUCCCGUCCGAGCCCCUCGGGCAGCAAGGCCCCUGAAGAGGAGGCUGCCCAAGAAAACCAACGAGCUGCCACACCCGAACAAACUCCCAGGGAUCUUUGAUGACGUUCACGGCACCGACGGCCGGCAGGUUUGCCGGCGGCACGAACUCUACGUCAGCUUCCAGGACCUCGGCUGGCUGGAUUGGGUCAUUGCUCCCCAAGGGUACUCGGCCUAUUACUGUGAGGGGGAGUGCUCCUUCCCGCUGGACUCGUGCAUGAACGCCACCAACCACGCCAUCCUGCAGUCCCUGGUGCACCUGAUGAAGCCGGACGCGGUCCCCAAGGCGUGCUGCGCCCCCACCAAGCUGAGCGCCACCUCCGUGCUCUACUAUGACAGCAGCAACAAUGUCAUCCUGCGCAAGCACCGCAACAUGGUGGUCAGGGCCUGUGGCUGCCACUGAGGCCCGACCCCGCCGCUGCAGAGCCUCCCGCCUGGAUCAGGCCCCUCUCCAGACGCAGGAAACCCUCAAAUGCCAUCACAGCUCAGGUGGGGUAGCAGGAAGGACCCCUACUUGCAUCCCUGCCAGGGUCUCCCCAGGUCCCUCUGCCCCCUCCCCCCGAUGUCUGUAGACUGGCUGGCCUGAUGUGCGCGGCAGCCUCCGAGGCAUGCUGACUGCACUGUCUUCAGCUCAGACAUCCUGUCUUAGGACCUGUCCUUGGGCAUCCCCAACCCACACUGUAGCUGACCCUGUCUGAGGAGCAUCUGGAGUGUGAGCUUAGCUGGCUGGGCUUUGAGUGGGGAGAAGGGGGUCUGUCCCUCUUUAUAAGCACCACACUGGGAAUUUCCAGGGCACAGAGAUGCAGUUGUGCUCAGUAGUGUAUUACUGGGCUCCUAACUUGGCCCACUGGCACCACAUUGGAAGAAGAACGAGCUGGAUGAGCCUCAUGCUAAGACUGAGGGUGACAGGGAUGUUUUAUGGCAUAUGCCUUCCCCUCCUUGGGAAAGUGGUAUGAUGCCCCCACCCCAACCCAGAAGCAAAUAACCUUGGGGGCUUCCAGUUUCCUCUGCCUUUUUUCCAUGUGAGGCUUAGCACUGACACAAAGUGAACUCUUAGCAGAAGCAGAGACAGUGGCUGCAGUAGGUGGUCCACGCUGGCACGCAUGCCACCCCUUCCUGUCUCCUUGCCUGUAGCUAAUGUCAGUAAUCGACCUGGGCCCGUGGCCCAGACAGAGCCUCAAGACCCUCAGCACACAACUCCAGACACCCACCAGCAGAUGAAACUCAGUUUCCCCACCCAUUCUACCCACAGCAUGGUGCUUGGGCCACCUCAGGCCAGGCACAGGGCAAGGAGGGAACGGUCUGUCUCCUAGAACCGAGGAGUUAAGAACAGGCUGCUCAACAGUCUAUACCACAUUGUGUGCCCAGAAGCACUGUGCUGUUUCUUGAGGACUGUGAACCAAAGGUCCCUGUCCCAAGGGAAUGACAGGCAGUAAUUAGGCUGACCUGGGUGAAGGUUCCCGAAAAUCGUUAUUCUCCUCAGAGCAGCCGCCAUAGGCAGUUGGGAGUGUUUGAUUUCUGACUUGCUAAGCCUGUAAUUUAGCUGCUGGAGCAGACAGAGUUCAGCUGCCCGAGUCCUGAAAUACUGUGUCAUUAAAAGCAGAUCCUGGGCCCGCCCAACCCACAGGCACAGCCCAGCCGAGGCAGAACCACCCCUGUGCCCAAGGAUGCGCAUCUCUGCCAUCACUCUGCACCCUGAGGAGGGGCCCCAGGACAGCAGGCGGGGCAGCAGUUGAGGAAUCUGGGGCCCUGCUGCAGGACAGCAGCCCCUCCACAGGGACCUGGAAGGGACUGUGGAGCAAGUACAGAGGAAGAGACCCUCCCGGUGUACACAGAGGGCAGGCCCAGACUGUCUGCAAAGUGGGGAGUUCCCUAUUAGCCUGGGGCUUUGAGCUCUGGCUGGCAAGGGACUGAAUCACAAAGUGGCUGGAAUGUCGGGAGACCUGUACUUUGGUUCCAACUCAGCCACUGAUGGGUUUGGUGUCAGGACAAGUUCCCUUCCUGAUUCAAGCUUCAGUUUCUCAUCUGUGACACAAGGAUAUAAGCCUCCUUCCUGCCUGAAACGCUGGCUGUCUCCUCUGUCACAGAGCAAAGACAGCCUGAGUGCCCAGCUGCUGUGUACAUAGGACAUGAAACCUGCCACUUUGGGGCCUUAGCAGCUCUCUCCUCCCAGUAUCAAUGGCAGUGGAGGUUUGAAAACUUUUAACAAAUGUCAGUAUUUGGUCUCCUCAACACCUAGCACAUAACCUGGCAUGUUUUGGGGAUACCAGGAAAGCUUGUAGAAUGAAUGUUUUAAAGAUGCAGACUGCCUUGUCCACUGGGUGUGCCGAAUAGGAAUGCAAGUAUCAUGAUCUGAACCCCUUUCUGUGCAAUAAAGCUGAAAGUACA